AUACUGUUUGACAUUAGGAGUUGACUUUUUACUCAAAAGUAAACCUUCUAGGAGAAAAAACAGAGUAAAGCUUCGUAAACCAACCACCUCAGCCAUGGCGGAAGAAGGAAAAGAUGAAUGCCCAGUAGAAUGCCCGACCAAGCAAUCUCUUCCGUUUUUGGAGGUGACCUGUAAAAGAUCAGGGAAGAUAAGGCGUUUUGCUUAUGGAACAGAAGCUGGUUUUGCAGUGAAAUUUACAAAUAAGAAGUCUGAAAUCGAUGGCGAUCCUGGGAUUCUGUUGGCAUCAUAUGUAGAAGCUGUUAAAGAAGGGGAGGUCCCUGUGAUUUUUGGCCCGAAUGCUCCUCUAGUGGAUUAUGGUCCUGGUUGGAAGUUGCAGACAGUUCUUGAUGAAGAAGGUGGUGCAAAAGGAAGAAGUGCUACUACGAGAAGAGUACAUUUUGUGGAAAAGGUAUUAUUGGCUACAGAUUGAAUUCUUGGAAUUUAUUUUGUUACAUACAUUAGUAAACAUCAUACUUCAACAAGUUCCUUCUCUGGCUCCAGUUAGAUUUCCAAACCAAGUAUUUAUUCACUAUGUGGGAUCGGCUAUAUGAAUAAUGUAUUGCCAUUAUGGGUUGCCUUUUUAGUUGUCUGUACACGUUGCACUUAACCCUAGUACGGUUGAGCAUGUGAUGGUCUUUGUGAAGAGAGUAUAGUAUGACUUUGUGAUGCGCUCUAUGAAGCAGGGAGCUUCCUUAUAUUUAUGACAUAUUUCCAUGAUCAAUAUGAAGUACCGCAAAGUUUUGCACUGGUUGACUAUCUAACCAAACCAUCUUCUUUACUUUAAGUUUAAGAUCAGAAAUUCCAGCUCUGGACCAGCUGCUUAUAGGGUUGACUGAGUUUAGAGCUUUUAUAAUACUAAGAGGCAAGAUAGUAGUGAGUUCAUAUUUUAGGGAAGAGCCACUAAGACACAUAGGGGCUAUUUGAUCAUGUUACAUCUCUGUGAAGAAUGCUGCUUACCGAUCAUGGUUUGGCGUUGCCCCUAGAUACGUUGGAAAUUAGGUACAUCAACGGUUGUGGGAGAUCAGCAAGCUAUAAUAUUUGUGGAUUUAUAUAUCUCUUGGUGGCUAGGGUGCAUUCUUGAGGAAUAAAAUCAUUGAAUCCCUGCAAGCAAAAGUUCCUCGACUGUACUAGAAGUAAAAGACUUAGUUAUUUUAGCGUAAACUCUAUUAAAAGUUCCGCAAGUCUUUCUAAUUAUGCUUCUGAAUUAACUCUGAUGUGUAGAUGAAAGGUGAACAUACCUUGAAAACAUACACAACAGUUGCUUUGGUUAAAUUCAGAAAAAUUGAACUUAUGGUUACUGAUUUAUGAUGUUACAGUGUCCAAGUAAGUUUACUGGUUAGCUGGGGAUUCUUUUACUUCUACUGUUUAAUUAGCGCUGCUUUUAUCUGUGGCCCAAUGAAGUAACUUCUAUUUUCUCGUUAUAUGAAGAUCUUAAGCAUGUGUUCUGGCUGAUCUACACUAAAACAAAACACAUUAUUGAGCAUUUUGUUUAUGGCUGGAGUUAGCUAAUACAGUUCGAAUGGCUGAAUAUUUUCAGGACAUGAAUGAUUCUAAUCCUCUGCAGAAAAAGUCGCACUCAGCCAUCAGUUUCUUCUACAUUGGGAAGAUACUGCUCGCUUUUGUUCUCAUAUUUAUCAUUGGUGGAAUAUUCACAUUGUUUCUGGAAAACCUUCCUCAGCUCAUCUUCUAUAUCAACUCAUCAGUUUGAUUCUAUAUGUUUUUUCCAUGUCUAUAAAUUCAUGAUCACUUGUUACUGGAGAAUGUCAAGUCUACUGAUCGUAAACCCCUGCAUCAUUGUUUUCAUUGGUUGGUUACCACAACAGCAAAUUGAAUCCGGUUGUGGUUCUAGGGGUUUGAACAUAUGAUAUGUCAGCAUUGAAUUAAACAAACUUUUUUAUCCACUUUUGAAGGAGGCCUCCAAGUGUGGGAAGUUCAAGAGUUUUUCAGGGUCUCUUUCUUAUUGCUCUGUUUAAAGAAUAGUUGAAAAGCAGAACCACAAUCAAAUUGCAUUUCCAUCGCAUUAAGAGAGUAUGACUAAGUACUUCAAACAUGCCUUUAGGUAUGUAGCAAGUGCCAGGAAUGGAAUGUAACGCUAACUCUACCAUAAUUGAUUUGUCUUCCGAGUCCUGUUCAAUAAAAAAUAAGAAAG